AUGAGCCGCCAAUUCACCUACAAGUCGGGAGCCGCUGCCAAGGGGGGUUUCAGUGGAUGCUCAGUUGUCCUCUCUGGGAGCAGCUCACCUUCCUACAGGGCAGGGAGCAAAGGGCUCAGUGGGUGCUUUGGAAGCCGGAGCCUGUACAGCCUGGGGUGUGCCCGGAGCGUCUCUUUCAACAUGGCCAGUGGCAGUGGGCGGGCAGGGGGCUAUGGGUUUAGCCGAGGCCGAGCCAGUGGCUUUGCUGGCAGCAUGUUUGGCAGUGUGGCCCUGGGGCCCAUGUGCCCAUCCCUGUGCCCACCUGGGGGCAUCCACCAGGUCAUCGUCAACAAGAGCCUCCUGGCUCCCCUCAAUGUGGAGCUGGACCCUGAGAUCCAGAAAGUGCGUGCCCAGGAGCGGGAGCAGAUCAAGGCACUGAACAACAAGUUCGCCUCCUUCAUCGACAAGGUGAGGUUCCUGGAGCAGCAGAACCAGGUUCUGGGGACCAAGUGGGAGCUGCUGCAGCAGCUGGACCUGAACAACUGUAAGAACAACCUGGAGCCCAUCUUCGAGGGCUACAUCAGCAACCUGCGCAAGCAGCUGGAGAUCCUGUCGGGGGACCGGGUGAGGCUGGACUCGGAGCUGAGGAGCAUGCGUGAUGUGGUGGAGGACUACAAGAAGAGGUAUGAGGAGGAAAUAAACAAGCGCACAACUGCUGAGAAUGAAUUUGUGGUGCUUAAGAAGGAUGUGGACGUGGCAUACAUGAGCAAGGUGGAGCUGCAGGCCAAGGUGGAUGCCCUGGAGAGAGAAAUAAAGUUCUUUACAUGCCUGUACGAGGGGGAGAUUGCUCAGAUGCAGUCCCACAUCAGUGACACAUCUGUCAUCCUGUCCAUGGACAACAACCGGGACCUGGACCUGGACAGCAUCAUUGCUGAGGUCCGGGCCCAGUAUGAGGACAUAGCUCUCAAGAGCAAGGCGGAGGCCGAGGCACUGUACCAGACCAAGUUCCAGGAGCUGCAGCUGGCGGCCGGUUGGCAUGGGAAUGACCUCAAACACACCAAGAAUGAGAUCUCAGAGCUGACCCGGCUCAUCCAAAGGCUGCGCUCAGAGAUUGAGAAUGUGAAGAAGCAGUGCUCCAACCUGGAGACGGCCAUCACUGAUGCUGAGCAGCGAGGCCACUGUGCCCUGAAGGAUGCUCAGGCCAAGCUGGAUGAGCUGGAGACUGCUCUGCUCCAGGCCAAGGAGGAGCUGGCCCGGAUGAUGCGUGAGUACCAGGAGCUGAUGAGCACCAAGCUGGCCCUGGACAUCGAGAUCGCCACCUACCGCAAGCUGCUGGAGGGCGAGGAGUGCAGGAUGUCUGGAGAAUACACCAAUUCUGUGAGCAUAUCUGUCAUCAGCAGCUCCAUGGCCGGGACUGCAGGCACAGGAGCCGGUUUUGGGUACAGUGGCACCGGCACCUAUGGAUAUCGGCCCAGCUCUGUCGGCGGGGGCUAUGGCUUCCUGCCGGGGGGCUGUGUCACUGGCAGUGGGAACUGCAGCCCCCGCGGGGAGGCCAAAACCAGGUUGGGGAGUACAAGUGAAAUCAAGGACCUGCCGGGAAAGACCCUAGCUCUGAGCUCACCCACCAAGAAGACCCCAAGAUAA